GGACCGGCAGCGACCGCCGAGGGUCCGGCUGCAGCCGCUAAGGCGGGCGAGGGUCCGGCUGCUGCCGCUGAGGGACCGGCAGCGGCCGCCGAGGAUCCGGCUGCAGCCGCUAAGGCGGGCGAGGGUCCGGAUGCUGCCGCUGAGGCGGGCGAGGGUUCGGCGGCGACCCCCGAGCCCUCAGCGCCCUCCCCCUCAGAAAGUAUUUCCUUGAAAAAAGAAAAUCGUCCCUAUCCUGGGAUGCUACCAGUAGAUAAGAGGCUUCUAAACUUACAGAUCUACAAACUUCUACAGUGUGUUCACGAGAAAGACAAGAAGCAAAUAGAAAACCUGAUCCAGAAGGGGUUCCCAGAUCUGAUUAAUUACACAGAGCCCAAGGAAGGAUACAGUGCCUUGCACGUGGCCACCAUGAAGAACGACAUUGAGAUGUGCCGCUUCCUGCUGGAGCACGGAGCGAGCCCCAACGUCCACGACAACAUGGGGUGCACGCCAGCCAUGAAGGCAGCUGAGCAGGGCUUUGAGGCCAUUCUGGAACUACUAGCAACAGCUAAAGCAGACAUGACUGCUGGGGAUAAUGAAGGGAAAGGUGUUUUGUUUUACUGCCUUGUACCUACAGUUCGCCAUACCCACUGCCUGGAGAUUGCCUUGGAUUAUGGUGCAGAUGUCAACAGCUGUACCACGACUGGGAGGUCUCUGCUUCUAGAAGCCUGUGAGAAUGCUCAUGAGGUUAAAGAUAUGUGCCUCAUUUUCUUGGAGAAAGGAGCAGAUCCCCAUGCAAGAGACCCGGCCACGGGGCGCACGGCGGUGAUGGAGGCGGCUCGCGAGGGCGCGGCAGACGUGGUGCUGGCUCUGCUGCAGCGGGGAGCCAACGUGAACCUCUUCGACUUCGACAGACACAGCGCUGCGCACUUCGCGGCCAAAGGAGGCUUCCUUGAGAUUCUGGCGAUUAUUUCAGGUUAUGGUGCAGACUUGAAACUGGUUGCUAUGAGUGGUAACACACCACUUCAUUAUGCUGCAGAGGGAGGAUUUACAGACUGCUGCAGGUAUAUAGGACAAAGAGGCUGUGAUCCUACAUGGACCAACUUGUUAAAGCUGACCGCAAGGGAUGUUGCCAAGGGCGGUGGGUUCAAAGCAGCAGUAACAGUGCUGCGCAAAGCUGAAAAAGCCGCAAGGAAGCCAGAUAAGACCCUUGACUGGUACCUGAAGGUGUACGACUGGUCCCUGCAGCACGAGGAAGCCAUCCGCAAGGAGUUUGAGAUUGAUGAGGAAGACGAGGGGAUAGUAUCCAAAAGGGAUUUCAUGGCAGUCAUUCGGAAGCACUGGGGCACCGUGGAUCAGGAACAAAUAGAAAUUCUUGCUAGAAAGCAUGAAGUAUCUUCUGACAAGAUCAGCCUGGAUGAUUUUUUUAAAGGCUCAAGAUACUUGCAGAAAAAUUUUCUGCUCUCAUCCUUUGGGCCCAAACCAAAGAAGAAGAAGAAGCCACCGAGAAGGAGAGGCAAGAAAGGCCUCCCUGUGCCAGUGUGCGUGGUGCCCCAGAGUGAACGCCCCCUCAGGGAAGAUGGCCUCCCUACCUGCAUGGUGGAGGCUGUCCCCACCAUCCCCGAGGAGCAGCGAUUGAAACGCGCCCUCCACGCCGCCCACCCCGUGUUCGAUGACCGUGCCUGGUACAUGGAGGAGCCCAGUAAAACCCUCAUGGAUAUCAACUACCUGGUCAGAGAAGGAGACUUUGUGUCUCUGCAGAGAGCCUUCGACCAGGGCGUGCCAGUAGACAUGAAAGAUAUAUAUUACAAAACACCUUUGAUGGUUGCAUGUGCAAGUGGCAACAUAGUUCUUGUGGAGUUUCUUCUGGAAAAGGGGGCUGAUGUGAAUGCAACAGACAACUUCCGGUGGACCCCUCUGCACCAUGCCUGCUACAACGGACACCUGGACAUCGUGGAGCUGCUGGUGAAGGCUGGAGCAGCCGUCAAUGCCCCGUCCAUAGGCGAGGCCACCCCGCUGAUGAGAGCCGUUGAGGCCUGCAGGCUGGACAUGGUCUAUUUCUUAAUCACUGCAGGUGCUGACGUCGAGGCUUUAAACAGCAAUGGAAGGAGUGCUCUUGAUCUUGCUGAAAUAUUUGAAGAUGCUGCAAUAAUUGAACUGCUUGAAAAUCAACUGAAAUUUUUGGCAGAAGAACGAGAAAAAGAAGAAGCAAAGCAAGCAAAGCAAAGCAAAGGUGGGAAGCCAAAACCACCAGAGCCACCGAAAUCUGUGAAAACAGAGUCUCCAGAUGGAUCUCCGCCACCUGAGGAAGAAGCUGUUCCUGAAAAGCCAAAGAGUUCCCGUAAGGACAGUUCUGCUUAUUGGCAAUCCUUGGCACCGAGAGAAGACAAAAAUGACAUCUCCUUCAGACCCAGGAAAAUAUGGAGCCCUGAUGCCACAGCAAUGCAGCUUGCAGAACAGCGAGUAUUGCUCAGUGAACGCGCUGCUCUUUGUGGUCACAUGGCAGAUUUUACAACCCUCUUCAAUAGAAAAUUUGAGAAAUAAGCACAGCAUCUGGAAAAAGCUGCUUCAGCACGUGUUUUGAGGAGACAAAGAUGUAAAAGGCUACUCCUGUGCAAGGAAGGAAUCGUGCAGUGCUCAGUAAAUAAAUCUCAGCUACCAUAAAAGAAAAUCA